AUGGAGCACAAAGGUGAUGAUGAUGGUGACGAUGAUGUGUCUUUUGCCAAAUGGAUGAGCAGCUUCUGGGGCCACAGCUGGCAAGAGGAGGAGAAAGGACUUCGGGAACACCACCGCCUGCAUGGUACCAAGUACAGGAAAACCUCCCUGCCCUGCCCAUUUCCUGUGGUUUCCAGAUCUACAGCUGAGUGCCAUCCCCGAAGGCAUUCUGAGGACCAAGAGUUCCGAACCCAAGCUCACAUGCUGUACUACAGAAAAUGCUCAGCAAGUGGAUCAAUCAAGGGGUCGCUGGAAUCAAAAGGACAAUCUGACCCAAAAGUUCAGGAAUUUUCAGAGUCCUUUGCACAGCAACUGUGUAUUAAAACCAAACAUUCUGUCUCUUUGGGACCUGAAAGCAGAAAGCACAAAAAUGAGAGAGAACGCCUAAGGACAGAGAUAAGAUUGCACAAUAAACCAGAUAAAGGAAGGAGCUCUACAAAGGAAAAACAUGGAGAAGCAUACACUGAUCCUGUGGCUGAGAAAAAGGUCUGAACUUUGUUUCUCCAUAACGAUGACAAGUACUACUUAUUCAUUCAAGCUCCAGUUCUCUUUCAGGAUGUGGGGAUGACAGCUGUAUAAGUGCUUUUGCAGAUGCUGACUGACUCAAGUGGGAGGUAGGAAUGACUGCUUCUCAAGACAGCUUACAUGAUAUUCUGGCUACUUCUGGCAUCUUACUUGAGACUUUAAUCUACUAGCCUUUUGAUGUGCAUAAGAAGAAUAAAAAGCAUUUUUGUAGAAUGAAGUAAUUUCUGAAAGUAAAAAGAUUCUUUGUAAA